AUGGUUCUCAGCGACCGCAGCAUCCGCCGGCAGAUCGCCGAAGGCCGCAUCGUGGUCCAGCCCGUCGACGCCGACGACAUCCAGCCCGCCAGCAUCGAUCUGCACCUGGACAGUCGGUUCCUGAUCUUUUCCAAUUCCCGCCAGCCGUACAUUGAUGUGCGCGAACCCUUGGACAACCUGACGGAAGAAGUCACCAUCGGUGACAACGAACCGUUCAUGCUGCAUCCCGGUGAAUUCGUGCUGGGCAGUACCCGGGAACACAUCGAAUUGCCGGACGAUCUUGUUGCCAGGCUGGAAGGCAAAAGCAGCCUGGGUCGCCUCGGUUUGCUGAUCCACAGUACCGCCGGCUUUGUGGACCCCGGCUGGCGUGGACGCCUCACGCUGGAAUUGAGCAACGUCGCGCGCCUGCCGAUAGCCCUGUACUGCGGCAUGAAAAUCGGCCAGAUCUCGUUCUUGCAAUUGUCCGAACCGGCCGAGCGGCUCUACGGUUCGCCCGAACUCCGCAGCCGUUACCAGGGGCAGUCCGGCCCCACUGCGAGCCGUUUUCACCAGGAUUUUACCGGGCCGGGCAUCCCGUGA